GAUGAGAGGCAAAAUAAUGAAAGGAAUAUAUUAGGUAUAGUAAAAAUUUUUGUAUAUAUAUACAUUAGUUAGAUUUAACAAAAAAAAAUUGAUGUAUUAAUAAAAUUAACAUUUUAAAGUUAACACUCAAAAAUGUAAAUAAAGUAGAUGUGUAUAGUAACAAUGUAUACAAGUAAUGGGGAUAAUAAUAGGGUAAAUUUUUUCGAGUACUAAGUCGCAUUUCGCUUCUAAUUGGAUGAGUUUAAAAUUUCAAUAAAUGGGUUAAGUGUUUAAGAUUUUUUUUAAGACUUAAGAUAAAGUUCGGGACGAGUUUAAGUAUUGUCUUGUCUAUAUGGUCCGUCCUGAUUAUAUAUAAAAUUAAUUUAAUUUGUUUUUUAUUUUCUUAUUUUUGAUAUAUAAUAAUAAUAAAAUUAUUUUUUAAUAAAAUAAGUUAUAAGAAAUUAUAAUUAUUCUAAUUAUAUAAAAAAUAUAUUUAUUUUUAAAAAAUUUUAAAAAUACUUUUGGGAAAAAUGUUAAAAAAGAAUAAUUAAACAAGACAAGCCGUAGACAUAGGAAAUUCAUAUUCUCGUUCCACCUCAUCUAUUUUUUUUUAAUGAGAUAGGGAUGAUGAUAAUUUUAAAUAAAUGUUUAUUUUAAAUAAUGUAAUUAAAAAAAUUUUAAAUUAUUAUUUUUAAGAAAAGUUAAAAAAGAAAAUUAAAUAGAAGCCGAAGAAAAUUAAAAAAGGGUUUUGUAGUUGUUUACACUCGCACCCGGAGAAGAGGGAAGAGAAAACGAAACGAUGUCGAAGUGGGGAAAGAGGAAGCAGAGCUACGCCUCAGACGGCGACUCCGACGACCACGCGCCGUCCAAGAAAUCCUCUAUGAAAGACUCCGAUGACCCCGACAAUAUCAUCGUCUGCGAGAUUUCGAGGAACAGGAGGGUUUCAGUGAGGAACUGGCAAGGGAAGGUUCAGGUGGAUAUUCGAGAGUUCUACGUCAAAGAUGGCAAGCAAAUGCCUGGCAAAAAAGGUAUCUCACUAACCAUGGAUCAGUGGAAUGUUCUUCGAGAUCACGUCAAUGAAAUUGACGAGGCAGUUGCUGACAAUGCUUAGGGUGCUAGCAUAUUGUGGCUUCUUGUUGAUAUCUACUAUAGAAAUGCUGUGAAUGCUGGAUUGUAUUGCACUGUUUUUUGGCCAUGAGAGAAUGGUGAUGAAUUUGAGUGAGAAAAUGGUGUUCAUGUUUUGUACUUAGGAUUUAACCAUACUAACUAUACUCUUUACUGGUUUGGAAUUGGGAGUAAGUCUGCUAUAAUGGAAGUAAUGUGAUGCUUUGCUCUCA